AUGGAUUUCACCUUCCUUCCUUUCAUCCUCCUCUUCCUCCUCCUUUCUUUCUCCAUAAUCUCGGCUGCCAAUCCCAUUCCAAAAGCCGUAAUUUUCCAGCAACACCUCACCUCCAAACCCACCACCACCGCCACUAACGGCAUCCCACCCACCACUUACUUUGAAAUAACAAAACCAAUCCAACUCCCAAACACAAAACCCUGCUCAACCCUUCUUCUUCGACAUGAAUUCGGAAACAGUUAUGGCAUCCCACCAGCUUCCACCCAAUAUACCCGACCCUCAAAUUGCCCAUCAACUAAUUUUGCUAAAAUUGUUCUCGAGUGGAAUGCUACAUGUAAAGAUCAAGAUCAUGGGUAUAAGGAAUGGGCUGAUUUGAUUAUACCCAUUUCACAAAACAUACCAUUGGACGAUGCAUUAUGGUUCAAAAUCUAUAAUUCAAAUGACGUAAAGACAAAACAGUUUGUGAUUCCCCCAAAUGCAUAUAGGGCUGUUCUUGAAGUGUAUGUUUCAGUUGAUGAAGCCGAUGUGUUGUGGCCUAGAAAUCUCCCUAAUGACUAUAUUUCUUCUAAUAAUUUAACCGGGCGACCUGCUAUUAAUCCGUACUUAUGGGGACAAAUUAGUGCGAUUGGAUCAUUUGCUCUCCCUUCAUAUGAUAUUGAAAUCACUCCGCUUCUUGGAUCACUUUUAAAUGGAAAACUGCAUGAUUUUGCAUUCGGUGUUACAAAUGGUUUAAAUGUUUGGUUAAUUGAUGCAAAUUUACAUGUAUGGUUGGAUGCAAAGAGUGAAAAGACAAAAGGGAUGCUUUUGAAUCAAACCAUCUCUCCACUUCAUGAAUCUUUGAAGUCCAAUUUCAUGGGUUUUAAUGGGACAUUCGUUACUAGUGUCCAUAGGUCAAUAAAGUCAAGCGGAUGGGUAGAAUCGUCAUUUGGGAAGAUAGUAACUGAGUCAACUCAGGAUUUCAAUUUGAGUAACAUCAUGGUGAUGGGGAAUGAUGGGGGUUCACAAACUGUGAACCAAACAAUCGAGUUUAACGACAAGGUUGCAUCUUCUGUUCAUAACACUAAAUCUUUAAAAUCUUUUUAUUUUUAUUUAUACUCGGAGAGAGUGGACAAUGGAGACCGAAACCAAGAGGAGGUGGAGAAUGUUACUUUGGGUUUCAAUGAGAAAAAGAUUGAUAAUUUCGGUUCUAAAUCUUCAUCAAGUGUUCUUGAAAACUUACAAAAUAUUCACGGUUCGAUGAUUUUGAAGGAUAAUGUAGUGGUUUCUGGUCUGGGGAGUUCCCAGCAGAACUAUAGUUAUAGUGAUGAUAAAUUCUGCUAUUUUAGGAACAUAAGUCGCAUAAGUUUCACAAUUAUUUAUGAUAAAGUGGGUGAUACAUGCAGUAAACCGAAAAAUCAAGAUUCGAUUUUCAACGGGUAA